GCACAAACACACGCUCGCACACGCCCGCCCGCUCGCUCUCCCACGCAGACGGAAUGCAGCAGCGCCGGGGGAGCUUAUCUGCAGCCGCUGCCUGAAUGCACCUCGCUGCCUGCAGCCGGGCCGCCCAAUAGGGCGCAAGGGAGGAAGCUUGGCCGCCGAAGCCUGGACAGUUUCAGACGGUGGAGGCUCACCACAUGAUUUGAGAAAUGGCCGUCGGAAACAACACUCAACGCAGUUACUCCAUCAUUCCGUGUUUUAUAUUUGUGGAGCUUGUCAUCAUGGCUGGGACAGUGCUGCUUACCUACUACUUCGAAUGCACUGACACUUUUCAGGUGCAUAUCCAAGGAUUCUUCUGUCAGGACGGAGACUUACUGAAGCCUUACCCGGGGACGGAGGACGAAAGCUUCAUCACCCCUCUGGUGCUCUAUUGCGUACUGGCUGCCACCCCAACUGCUAUCAUUUUUAUUGGUGAAAUAUCCAUGUAUUUCAUAAAGUCAACAAGAGAAUCCCUGCUUGCUGAGGAGAAAACAAUCCUAACAGGAGAAUGUUGCUACUUGAACCCCUUGCUUAGAAGGAUCAUUAGGUUCACAGGGGUAUUUGCCUUUGGACUUUUUGCUACUGACAUUUUUGUAAACGCCGGGCAAGUGGUCACUGGUCACCUAACACCAUACUUCCUGACAGUGUGCCAGCCAAACUAUACCAGUACAGACUGCCGGGCACACCACCAGUUCAUCAACAAUGGCAACAUCUGCACUGGGGACCUGGAAGUGAUUGACAAGGCUCGGAGGUCCUUCCCCUCCAAACAUGCUGCCCUGAGCAUUUACUCCGCCUUAUACGCCACGAUGUAUGUCACAAGCACAAUCAAGACGAAGAGCAGUCGGCUGGCCAAGCCCGUGCUGUGCUUGGGGACCCUCUGUACCGCUUUCCUGACAGGCCUCAACCGGGUCUCAGAGUACCGGAACCACUGUUCAGACGUGAUUGCCGGCUUCAUCCUAGGCACCGCAGUGGCCCUGUUCCUGGGAAUGUGUGUGGUUCAUAACUUUAAAGGAACACAAGGCUCUCCUUCCAAACCCAAACCUGAGGAUCCCCGUGGAGUUCCCUUGAUGGCUUUCCCAAGGAUAGAAAGCCCUCUGGAAACCUUAAGUGCACAGAAUCACUCAGCCUCCAUGACCGAAGUCACCUGAGAAAAAUGAAGAGAUGCAGCUGUUUUGGGUUUCUUUCUUUCUUUCUUUCUUUUCAACAACCUUCCAGUUCAAUAUUUCAAAACACACAGUUACUCAAGUCAAACUGUGACAACAAGUAUUACAGUUACCUAGUUAGAGGCUAAUGUUUUGUACAUUUUUUUGUAUGAAGAAGUGGUGUAGCUUGCCCUGAUUUUUUUUUUUUUGUCAGCUUUAAUAUAUUUAUGCCAGAAUUUUAAAACCAACAAAAUUUUCCUCUUGUUCAAGUGUGCAUUGAAGAAUCACAUUUAUUCAAUGGUUGAUGUUGUUUUGUGAUAUUUGUACACAAAUCUUUUCUCAGUUUUAUAGACACAAAAUAAAGCAAAUGAUCCACUUUAAACCUUUAUUACCACAGUUGCUGCCUCCUCCAGAAGUUUUGAAUUUUAAUGAAAGCUAAACUUUUGAGUUACAGGAAGGACCAUGGUGGUUAAUUUUGAAUCUCAAAAUCAAUUCUGGAAAAAAAAUUUUUUUCAGAGAGAACACCAUGUUCUGCUGAGAUACUAGUUUCUUGCACUCCAAGUCAAAAUGACAUUGGCACACAAGUUAGGAGUCCUAGUUGCCUAACUGUUGGCACAAAGGCCUAUAUUUGGGGGGUGUUUUGGUUAUAUGAUUCUUUCUUAGAUAAUAGCCUUGCCCACCUAAGAAACUUAAGUCGGUUUGGAAUUCUGUCCUUGGGCAGGUGACGCUGUAGCCUUGUAUCCAAGAGAGCAGCUAGCACCAGCCUUUCCUGUCAACUCAACUGUUUUGUAUAUCAUAUUGUAUGGACUUUAUAUGAAAAAUAAUAUUUUACAGUUUGCACAGUAUUAUUUUACAGAAAGGAUAUCAGAGCAUCUACAACAUAGAGCCCAGAGCAACAGCUUCCCUUGGGGGCUUGUAACUGUUCUUAGAUUUUAACUGCAUCCUGUUUUUUCUAGCAUGGUAAUAAUGUGUCCCUCCUUUGAGAGAAGGAGUUCUCUAUCUGUAUCUAUCAAAACGUUUUCUUGACACAUCCAUGUCAGCUCUUCCUAGCUUUUUUUGUACAUAUUUUUUUUUUCUAAAGAGAUUGAAAAAAAAAAGUUAUCACAAAAUGUCUUCUGGCUCAUGUCCUUUGUUUGCCAUUUCACUUGGUGCUAUUUGAAGAACCACAGAGUAUUUGCUGUGUUCAGUUCAUGAUUAAAUGAACCUGACCGGCCACGAUUAAAAGGUCAUUCAGAGAAUGAGAGGGGGUGAAUAAGAAAGGAUA